UGAAGCUCGAGCUUAUCGCGUUCUGAGGUUGUCUCAGGCUCUCAGGCGUGUGUUUGUGUGUGUGUGUGUGUGUGUGUGAGAGAGAGAGAGAGAGAGAGAGAGAGAGAGAGAGAGAGAGAGUGUGUAUGUGUGUGUAUGUGUGUGUUUGUGAGCUGUGGUGGCCUUCCGUCGAGACGGUUCAAGGAGGAGGAGUUUAAACACCGAGCAGCAGAAGAAUCAAGCAGAAUCCAGAGUUCUGCGUCCUGAUGUGUGUUUUCUGUGGAGCUUUCAUGCAACACUGGAGGACGCAGUUGAAACACACCUUCGUCUUCAUCCUGGGAGCAGCGGCGAUCCUCUUCAUCUAUUUGAUGAACUGCUAUGAAGAGCCAGCGGGGUCUGAUCCGGGCCCGUAUCACGUGGCUUAUCCCCGAAACUACAGGUUCAUCAUGGACAACACGUCCACCUGCAGAUCCACCACCCCCUUCCUGGUGCUGAUGGUCCCCGUGGCGCCGGGGGACGCGGCGGCCCGGGACCUGAUCCGCCAGACGUGGGGCGGGGAGAGCCUGGUGCUGGGCCGGCGGGUGGAGACGGUGUUCGUGACGGGCCUGCCUGGAGGGGGCGACGCCGAGCGCACGCAGCGGGAGCUCCGGCGGGAGAGCCGGCGGCACGGCGACCUGAUUCAGAGCGACUUCCGGGACAGCUACCACAACCUGACCAUCAAGACCAUGGUGAUGCUGGAGUGGCUGGCCGAGCGCUGCCGGCGCUCCGCCUUCGCCGUGAAGGUGGACUCGGACGUGCUGCUCCACGUGCGCAACCUGGUGGCGCUGCUGCUGGAGCCCGGCACGGCCCGGAGGAACUACGUGAGCGGCCUGGUGUGGUGGCACAGCCCGGUGGUGAGGAACCCCUUCGUCAGGUUCUACAUGCCCAGGGCGGUGAUCGCCCAGUCCGAGUACCCGCCGUACCCGCUGGGCAUGGCGUACGUCAUGUCCCUGGACCUCCCGGCCAGGAUCCUGGAGGUGUCGCCCCUGAUCAGACCCAUCUACAUCGAGGACGCCUACCUGGGCAUGUGCCUGCAGCGGCUGGGCGUCACGCCCACCGACCCCCCGCGGGGAGACAUGUUCCUGGUGGCGCCCCGGCAUCCGCUGACCUCCUGCAGCCUCUCCAAGGUCGUCGCCGUGACGACGACAAGCCCCUCCCAGAUGAGGAGCUACUGGGAGAGGAGCCGGGAGGACGUCCACUGCUGAGCUGUCGCUCUGGAGCAAAGGGCUGAGAAGGUUUUGUCUUUGUUGUUUUCAAACAGCAGUUUAUCCUGCAGACAGGAGAUAAAAAUCCACCCGGAUCUCUUUUGCUGCAGAUAAGACAGUUUCAUUAAAGUUUCACUUUGAAAUGUUAGUUUAUUUCUUCAAUGACUGUUAAAGAAUACGAAUCUUCGGUAACACUUGACUUGAAGCAUCCCUGUAUAACACAUUAUAAGUACAUUACAGCACUGUAAAACUAUUGUUAUAAACACUCGGAAAUGAUCACAAUGCUUUAUAGCAUCAGGACCGAACCCUAACCCUAUGCUGUAUAGUAGGUUAUAAAGCAUUGUGAUCAUUUAUGAGUGUUUAUAACUACAUAUAAUGUGUUAUACUGGGUGUUUCAAUUAAAGUGUUACCAAAUCUUCUAAAUUAUUAUAAAGUCUUGCUGAACCAGUGUUAACUCCGGCAUUUUUUCACAUCAUUCCUAAACAUUUGCAUGGAGAUCAUCAACAAAUCAGACUGAGGCAUGACUCCUUGCAUUUGUCUUACCUGAGUAUAAAGCACUGAGGAGCAAAACCACAGUGAAUAAAACAUAAUUCAGAAAGAAAUAUUGAGUGAUUAUUAAAGAUGAGCAAGAGGAUCUUUCAGAAGAGAAAUUUGUGCAAAACUUGUGUGCUAAAAUGACAAAAAAUGAGAAACUGUUGCUGAAAAUGAGAUGGAGCUACACAUCCAGAGCAGUAACCACUGGUCCACCGUGCAGCCCUCAAACUGUAGAAUAACAAUCGAAAACACAAGGCAAUCACCAAUUCAUAAAAAAACCAUUGAAUUUGUGUUCAAAAUAUAAAUAGUAAAAUCAAUCUCAAUAAGUUCAUGUUGAUCUGAGCCGAGGAGCACAGAUCUAAAGCAAGUUGAACACAUGAUAAACACAACCAUCAUUUUAAAAAAUAACUCAUCAGAGUAUAACAAACCACUGAUCACACCAACAGUGUUCAAAGGAAAAAAAAUCUGUAUUUACUAAAUUAUCUUUCACAGAUACAGAAAAAGCUACAAGAAUAAAAGCUUUAUUAUGUUUUUAUAACUCACUUGACUUUUUUAUGUUGUUGCUAAUAAUGAGAUUUUGUUCAUUUAGCUGCAGAUGUUAUUCUUAAAUUAGCCAAACAGAAUUAUGUAAAAUAAUUCACCAUUAAUCAUUUACACAGAUCUUUAACUGUCAGAUGAGAGUUAAAGUGUUAAACAAUGCAGUGUUUUAGGCUUAUUGCAGUCGGGAGCGUACCUGUGUUCCCCGCUUUGUAUGUGACCGGGGAACGUAGGACCCUCUCGUAAAUAAGGGUCCUCAGCUCCCCGCCGUGCACUGAAAGUGUCUGCUUGUCCGUGUGCGCGUUAAAGCGUGCCUAACCUAUCGACAACCCUAACCCUAACCUGUCGAUGGUCUUUACGUAGACCUCACCUGACAGUGGGGAACAUAGGACCCUUCUUUACCGGGGUCCUAUGUUCCCCGGUAUUGGGAGCGGGGAACAUAGGGAUGACCCCUUGCAGUCACCACGCCGUGGUAUUGAAACAAUCUGAUAUAGUUAAAAACAAAGAACCAAGCUGCGGUUUUAGUUACAGAAUAAGAAACGGAUCAACCUAUUGGUCUGUUAAAGUUACAGAUUGAGGAUUUUUAUUUGACCACUGAUAAUCUGCAGCGGUCAUUUAUUUCUGAACCACAAACUGAGGGUUUCCGACAUGAACUGUCUACUUUUUUUUUCUGUGGAAUAAAGAUUGUCAUUUAUCUGUUGAUGUUUCCAGA